UCGGGUCUGCCGGCGAGCGGAGCGGACGCGCGCGCUGGCCGUGGUCUGUGAAUCGAGCUCUCCCCGGACGAGACCUCGGCGUAAUCGUAAUCCGCCUUCUCGGUCGGUCGGGCGAUUCGCAUCUCGGGACUCGCGCAAGCCGCCACGGCGACCCGGCCGCGCGGACAGGCGCCUCCCGUUCUGCCGGCUCGGUUGUUAUCGAUCGGGACCCCGCUCGGCCCGCGGCUACGUUGGCUAGCGUAGUGCGCGCCGCGAGCCUCGGCCAGUAGCCAGCCGGAUACCGCAGUUAUCGGCAUGGCUGCCCCAGCAGCGUGUACGCGGUUCAGUGAUAACUACGACCUCAAGGAGGAGCUCGGCAAGGGUGCCUUCUCCGUGGUGCGCCGUUGCGUGCAGAAAAGCUCCGGACUCGAGUUCGCAGCGAAGAUCAUCAAUACCAAAAAGCUCUCCUCCAGAGAUUUCCAGAAGCUCGAGCGCGAAGCACGGAUAUGUAGGAAAUUACAGCAUCCAAAUAUCGUGAGAUUACACGAUAGCAUACAGGAGGAGAAUUAUCACUACCUCGUCUUCGACUUAGUCACCGGCGGGGAGCUCUUCGAGGACAUCGUCGCGAGGGAAUUUUACAGCGAAGCCGACGCCUCGCAUUGUAUUCAACAAAUCCUGGAAAGCGUUCACCACUGCCACCACCACGGAGUCGUGCACAGGGACCUAAAGCCCGAAAAUCUGCUCCUUGCGAGCAAAGCGAAGGGCGCAGCGGUGAAGUUGGCGGAUUUUGGACUCGCGAUCGAAGUACAGGGCGAAGCACAGGCAUGGUACGGUUUCGCCGGAACGCCCGGUUACCUCAGUCCGGAAGUGCUGAAGAAGGAACCUUAUGGGAAGCCCGUCGACAUUUGGGCAUGCGGCGUCAUCCUUUACAUCCUGCUGGUCGGAUAUCCUCCGUUUUGGGACGAGGACCAGCAUCGAUUGUACUCCCAGAUCAAGGCUGGAGCAUACGACUAUCCAAACCCAGAAUGGGACACUGUAACACCAGAAGCAAAGAACCUAAUCAACCAAAUGUUGACGGUGAACCCGAGCAAAAGGAUCACUGCCAGCGAGGCCCUGAAGCAUCCAUGGAUCUGCCAACGUGAGCGUGUUGCCUCUGUGGUGCACAGGCAAGAGACCGUCGAUUGCUUGAAGAAGUUCAAUGCCAGGCGCAAAUUAAAGGGCGCCAUCUUGACGACGAUGAUAGCGACGCGGAAUUUUUCCAGUAAGUAUGAUGCACAGGGUCGAAGCAUCAUCACGAAGAAGGGCGAUUUUUCUCAGGUGAAGGAAUCCACCGACAGCAGCACCACGAUCGAGGACGAUGACGUUAAAGCUGGCAGUGGCAGUGGCAGUGGUUCCAGCCACAGCAGCAGUAGCAACAGCCAGAACAGCCAGACAGGGGCCUCACCUUCGUCGGCUUCCAUGGUCUACCUCAACUCUAACAACAAGCCAAGUCGACACAGUUCCUCGGCCACUGAUUCCGAGGGCCGACGACAGUGCGGCGGAUAUAGCCAACUUGGAGCCGAUUGCACCCCGAGGGAAGACGCGCGCCGCCAGGAGAUCAUCAAGAUGACCGAGCAGCUGAUCGAAAGCAUCAAUACCGGAGACUUCGAGGCGUACACGAAAAUCUGUGAUGCACAUCUGACUGCGUUCGAGCCGGAGGCUCUAGGUAAUUUAGUCGAGGGAAUGGACUUUCACAAAUUUUACUUUGAUAAUGCAGUCCUGGGGAAGAACUGCAAAGCGGUCAACACGACGAUCCUCAACCCCCACGUCCACCUACUCGGAGAGGACGCAGCCUGCAUCGCGUACGUCAGGCUCACCCAGUAUAUGGACAAACAAGGAGUAGCGCACACCCAACAGAGCGAGGAGAGCCGCGUGUGGCACAAGAGGGACAACAAAUGGCAGAACGUGCAUUUCCACCGAAGUGCGGUAACAGGGCCUUCCCCGUUCUCGUUCAGCCACAAAUAAACCGAAGGCACCUCUCUCAGUUAUCCUAUGUGAAUCUAGUACUAAGCUUGGCGUACCAAUUACUAAUUGCGGCCGGAGUACUCACCAGGUAUGCCCCACCGCAGCCCGUGAUUACUCGCUCCGAGAGUAAAUCGGAGAAGAGUAACCGAGGAGGGAAGCAAGGAAAACUCAAGGAAGACCGCCGGAAAACGCCGGGCCCUCGGAAAAAAUUCGGCACAUUCGACGUAUUCCACAUAUUCGAUAUAUUUGAUAUAUAUUCGACACCUGGAUACCGGAAGGGGAUCAGCGGAGAAAGAAAAAUCGGGAGAAGGCAAUUGAUGGAACCGUGGCCGAUCGUUCGUCACCGCGACGAUUCCUCGCCUCUACAUCUCGAUCGAACUCGCGGACGAGCCGACUCUACUCUUUACAAUUAGGCUAGACGUAUAAAGAUGACUUCAUCUGUCGGCAUACCGGUUUGUCCAGUUCGAUCCUUGGUUCGAUCAAGCAGUACAAUCGACCAAUGUGCCAUCUAGCUGAAUUAAGGGUUUUAUCGCAUUCUCGAUCCUAGAUCACUCUCCUUUGCUGGAAUUGCGCGAAAUGGGGUAUCCACUGGACCCGAUCUUUCCUCGAUCUUUCAAAUUAACGGGGUAUAGUCAGUUCAUGUAAAGCGCACGCUAUUGUACUUCCCGUUAAAUUAGGACAUCUCGUGUCCGCGCAAAAGUGGACCCUUCUCUUGAAGCUAAAGCUUGGAAAUCUUAUCAAAGCACGUGAUGUUCGAGGUGACGCUUCGUUUGCCGUAAUUAAAUAACGUUCGUAUAGUCCGGAACGUUGAUAGUAAGUCCUAAUGUUCUAACGGUGUUUCGAGACUUUAAAGGGGAGGUUCGAAUAUCUACGCAACUCGCGCGUUGUCUGCACAUUGGGAGACUGUUCUCAAAAUGCAGAGACAGAGCGGUCCUGCCUCUCGCUACUUACGUUAAGUAGUCGGAACGUAUGCUUUAUAUGGAUUGAUCGUCGAGUUGGGUAUUAAAUGUAUCGGAACUCGGGACUAGGGUGAAAAAGAUAUCCGAAAUAACGAGAAGGGCCCGGCGUUAGCCAUGGAGGGCGACCCUUUGUCCCGUAUAUCUGGCUGCGCCAUGAGAAACGCGGCAAUGUGUAGCUACGAGAUAAAUAAAUUAAUAUAAAUAAAUAUACAUAUAUCGCGGAGAAAAGAGAGAUUAAAAGCAUUACGUCUGCUGAGAUAGGAAUCGGCGGGGUCACGACUAAAAGUUCCAACGAGAAGGGCCGGAAAGUCUCGAUCGGUCGAGCCGGAAAACUAUAAUGAUACGUUAUCUAGGGAAUUCUUAAGACGAAACGACAGGGAAAAGUUGGCGGUCGCGAGCCAGUGCCGAAAGAGAUAACGAGUACAUCUGUAUAUCGACAGUGUCGUAAUUAAUGUAAUGUUAAUAAUAAUAUUAAUAAUGAUCAUUGUACAGAACAUUCUUCCAUGUCACGAUCUUCAUUUCCGCAGUCGCGCUCGCAGAGGCUUGCCCCCCGCAAAGUAUGUUAAACGAGGGAAAGAAAGAAAAAAAAAAAGAAGCGAAAAUCAGUGCUUCUUGCACUUUUUGCGAAUUAGUAGCAGAGGGAUAAGGCCUCUCGAUUGUUAAUUACCAUUAGGCGCUUCUGCUCUCGCACGCGGUCUCGCAAUUUGUAUGUAUGUACGUUCUUGGCAUCGGGCUCGCAGUUGUACGCGUACGUGAACUAUACUACCGCUACGUCUUUAUUAUUUAUUGACCGGUAAUUUUUAUAUAUAUACAUAUGUCCCCAAGAACGAAUCGAGUAAAAGUCAAGCUUGCGAGUCGUCGAUCACUUGAAAAAUAGAAAAGAUAUUGUCAGCUCGAACUGUACUCGUAUAUGCGUUUGUUAUUUUUAAAGCGGUCACUUUUGCCGGCAUGUUCCUUGCGCUUUGGCUAUUUGUUGCGAGCAAGGGUUAAUUGCGCUAUUUGUUCGCAAUGAGCAGCGGAAACGAGCGGUCACCGGAAUUAACGGCUUUGAAAGUAAUCGAUUAUUAUACGAUGUGUCAUAGUUAUCUCAAGGGUGUAACUUUUUCAACGUAAUUUACAAUUCGUGAGCCUGGUAACAAUACAUAUACACACGCAUAUAAAUAUACGAGGGCCCAGCGGAAAGCGGCAAGGUCCUCGCCGAUUGGCCACGGUGGCGACCUAACGGAAAUGACGAAAACGGAUUGUACCCGCGCUCUCUGUUGUAUCUCUCUUUGCAUAAUUAAUGUUACAUAGAUACAUAUUAUAUAUAUAAAUAAAUACUUGAGAAAACUGUACCGGUAUACAGAGAAGGAUGAUCGGCGACGAUCGCGCGAAUCUCAUUAAACGGCGUUAGGCGAUUGCAAUUGAAUUUUUAUCGAAUUUACUUCACUACGAUGAAUCUUUCUACACGUUCGUACAUCCUCUACAAUGUAACUGAAGUAACAAAAAAAAAAUGAGUCUCCAACUAUAAGAAACUAAAGGAAACACUGGUCGUGGUGUUAUGUGUCCUCUCCUACUAUCGGUUCACUUUAUUAGGCGGCAACCCGUAAUGCGACGACUCGUGCAUACAUAUACAUAUAUACAUAUUAUUAAUAACGAGGAAAGAUAUGAUUUAAUAUAUUACCAGAAUGCUAUAUAUAUAAAUAUAUAAAUUAAAUUUAAACGAUAGUUAUUUCUACUACUCUAAUUCGUCGCUUCUGCGUGUGAUUGUUGUAUAAAAUAAUUAUUAUUGUUUUAUUAGUAUCGUCAUGAUCAUUAUUAUUGCCAUUAAUAUUACUAUUACUACACUACGACUACUACUACUACUAUCGCUAUUACUACUAUCCCUGUUAUCGCUGCUACCGAUACUACCGAUGCAACCGGUGUUGAAUUCGGAUAGGUGGCUAUCGAUACGUGAUUGUAUUAUUUUCUUUCGUAUGAUAAUAGCAUUGCCGCCAUUGGGCGGCACUCCUUAUUAUAAAUAAUUAUAAAUACGAUUUCAAUGAAGUCGAAACGCUCGAAGCGGAACUCGCGUUACGAUUAAGACGAACACUAUUCGUUUAAUUAUGCGUACCAUAGUUGUUUCUCAUAAUACGAUUUUUACCUCGAGUUAUCUUGCACGUUUGAAAGAGGUCUCGUUGAAAGUCUUAAGGGGGAACUACGAGAAUCUCUCGUACGAUUUCACACAUAUAAUAUAUAUAUAUAUAUUUUCUCGCAAUACGCUUAUCGAGUUGUCAAUAUUACCUGUUACGAGAGAAAAGGGGUAGACAUAGGAGACGUUGCAGCCGGAUACUUUUCUCCUUAACGAUCGCGUUAUUGUCGAAAUAAUCAUUCAAUAAUAGUUAACGACAAAAAUGUAUUGCGAAACGCCGAAAAUGGUGGUUCAAUUAUUUCCUGUGUUAAUAUCGCCUUCUCGGUUGUUCGAGGCCCGCGCUUCGUAUUCUCUGUUUAGACGAAAAAGACACUUUCGGCGAGAUCUAUUUAUCCGCGAGAUUGAAAUCUUCGCAGCCGCGAGUCUCGGCGUGUUCGUAGGCGAGUCGGAUCAUUGUUUGUAUGGAUAUUUAAAAUUCUGUAAAAUGUGACUCGGUCCACGAUCGCAGAUUCCCCGGUCGCCUGUGAGACUCGUGAGACUCGGAUGGUACCCUCGGGGAUGACUCGUAUGUACCGGAAGUCACCCUUUUGUGUGGUCAUCGAGUUAACGCACCUUGUGACGAAGUCGUGCACGAAGUGACGACACCUUAGUCCAUCGUUCGUUGUUUGGCCUAACUCUAGUAUUCAAUUUGUCCACUCGAUAUAAUAUACGAGUACUCUGUAUUAUAAUAGCAAGCCUCCCUUCUUGCCACUCCUGCUAAGCCAGAGGAGACCAUAGAAUAAAAUUAAAUGAUCAUGACCAAAGCAUAUCGUUUGUCCUCGUACGAUAAGAAGGAAAAGUCUGAGAAAAGUUAUUAGCUUCUGGUUAAAAUAUAACACAAUGUCAGGUCGCUAAGUCGACUGACAUCGUCCGCGGUACUGUCGCCUUGAUAACCACUUUUUAUCACGCCAAUGCUGCCAGCUCGUAUGUGUACAUGUCUUUCAAUUAGACCGUUCUUUACCUAUGAAUUGUCCGUUGCACCUGUAACAAUGGGAAUAGAAAGAGUAGUACAAGUAAUUCAGUGUCCCCUGAUGCGUCGGCGAGUAAUUCCCUGGGAAGGAUUGUCAUUAAUUCAGUCAGCUUUGUUGAUAUUAUUACAUGCUUCUUUCCGCUAAUUCUGGAUUACUCACUACCUCCUUUUUAGAUCUUUCUUCUGCGUCAAGUGGCCCGGGGAAUGUCGCGCGUUAUUUCAAGAUUCGUCGGGGAGUGAGUGCCCCUCCUUGCGGAAUUACCCGACGAUGAAAAAUUGCAGUUGCAUUUACUUGGUCUCUUGUGCGACCGGCAGAGUGGCAAAAAGUGAAGUGGUGUGCAUGAGAAAAAGAGAGCGAGCGAGUGAAAUAUGGAGAGACGCGGUAAAUGGUCGGUCAGGGAAAUGCAAAGACUUCCAUGAGAGAAGAGGCGAGCCACUCGGGCGAGAAAUUAGUCUGUUGACAAUGUUCGUUUCUACCUUUUUACCCUAAAUGCACGCCCUUCGCCUCCUCACGUUUCUCCAUCGAGGACUUUUUUAUUGUACAUUUUCAUACGAUUCGUUGUAUGCGUAAACUAUGUACAUCGUGCGAGCGGUAUUUGAGGGACAGUCCGAAUUGCGCAUAGCGAAAGAAAUAUGGCCGCCGUUUGGGGCAUUCGGUAAAUUACAUUUUCUUUUUCUUUUUACGAUCUCCUUUUAUCUGGCUUUUACAACUACGUGCAGAACGAGACUCCUGUUUUCCAGUGUCCUUACUUACCACACGCAUUCGACUUGGAAAUGGUAAAAUACGAAAUGCGUAGGACAUUUCGUGGAACGUUCCAAGCGUCCGCCAUAUUGUAAAUAAUAACAUGCGUACCUGUCGGGGAAACUAUCCACUCGCAACUAUAUUUUAGAAUAUGGUACGGCUUGGUAAAGUAGUGCUGCAUGAUUUCGGAGAAAAUCUUUCUUUCUCAAAUAGCACAGAGGAGAUACCUAUUAGGGAAUCUUUUCUUAUCGGCGUAAUAGGUCUAUAAUGAAGACCGUUUGAAUAAGAUACGUGGUAAUUGUCGGUAACAAAUAAUAGUCAUUUCCAAAAAGUGCAGGGCAUUGGUAGUAUUCGAUUGGUGUUUGAAUGAGAGCACCCUCGACACUUGAUUAAAAAGAAAAAAUAGAAAAAGGAUUCUGUAUAAUUGUCGCAUUAAAUAUUAUAUGCCCUCGGUGUUACAAGGCUAGAAACUCCUUUUACAGGAACGAGAAAUUCAUAGAAAUAGUUCGAAGAAUAUUUUACUUUCGUGCAACAAUCUAAUAGUUAACACAUGGGCAUACGCAUUGUUAGUCAUUUUCCAAACUUGCCCGAAAUGUGAGAGGGUCUACAGAGAAAGAUUGAUUGCGCUUAUUACAGCGUGUACACCUUGCAUACAUAUGUGAAACUGGCACAAUGUUAAACGUAAAUUUUUCAAUAUUUCUAUUGGAUAUAUUAGAUAGGAAAAAGGAUAGGGGAGUGCGAAGAGGAAGUCUUUCAACGGCGGUGAUAUAUUUUUUACUUUUAGUCGGUUCUCGGUAGAAGGUAUGAUCGUCAAUGGGAGAUUUAUAAACGAGAGCAUUUGACGGCUGUUUACUCUGAAUUGAAUUUUGUAGAGACCAGGAUAUGUAAAAGAAAACGUAGCUAGGUAUCGUUCGUGUUCUUAAAUCAACGUGUAAAGUUCAACGUGCUCCCAAGUGUAAGAAUUCAAUUGCACAAGUAUUAAAACAUACGGUUGGAUUUCUAGUCGCCAUUCCUUGAAAUUGGAAAUAGCAGUAAUUCCUAAUCUUUGUAGAACCGCACCUACAGAAAAUGCUUGAUAAGAAAUUCUGGGAGACGACUCGAACGUCACUUAGGCUACUCCGAUUUUGAUUUAACGAGCUAAUCUAAUUCAUCAUUUACGGAAGUAAAUUGUCGCUAUCAUCACAGCUAGCAUAUGUAAUGUAAGUACGAGUACGAUAACGACGCAAUGGAUUUUUCUCCGUACAAUUGAGAUUGUACGAAGGAAAACUCGGCUAAGCGGCGCGUGAGCACGAAUUGACUGUACCUCAAAAACUGAGCAAGAUUUACCCUGUAAUGUAAUAGGCUAGAAAUUAUUGUGUGCAAUUAGGCAAUUAUAAGAGACAACGCUUGGCCUUUCUCGCGCGUGUCGAAAACGAGUCGAGUUUGAUUUUACGUCGUCCCGGACAGUUCGAAAGCCGGAUUGGGACUUACAUCAAAUCUUAGAUCAGUAAAAUCCAUAUUCUCUGUGAAAGAAAAGAGACAAGAGACCGUUAAAGAAAGCUCGCGCAAAAAAGCUCAACUCCGUUCCGCCUCGAGAAGGACCAUGAUCGCGUUGUCGCGGACGAGAUUGCCAACUAAGUUAAAUCGUAAACUUUUAUCGGUAUUUAAUAUAAUGCUAUUAUUAUAAUUAUUAUGAAAUUUAUGAUAACAAUAACGAUUGAUUACAAUUUUGUCCUAAUGUUCAAAAAAUAAAAAUAAAUCUCCGUAA